AUGGCGAGCAUAUUGAAGAAUAUAUUUAUGAUGCUGUUUGCUGGAGAAUUCCUAAUGGGGAUUUUGGGAAAUGGAUUCAUUAUAUUGGUUAACUGUAUUGAUUGGAUCAGGAACUGGAAGUUCUUCAUAACUGACUUUAUUAUUUCCUGCUUAGCCUUUUCCAGAAUAGUUCUAUUGUGCAUAAUCAUUCUAGGCAUAGGCUUAGAUGUAAUUUGUGAGAAUAUAUGGUACAAUCAUAGUUAUUGGUUACAUUUUGAAAUCCUCUGGACAGGAUCCAAUUAUUUCUGCACAACCUGUACCACCUGCCUCAGUGUCUUCUAUUUUUUCAAGAUAGCCAAUUUUUCCAAUCCCAUUUUCCUCUGGAUGAAAUGGCGAAUUCACAGAGUGCUUCUCAUUAUUGUACUGGGAGCAGUCUUCUCUUUCUGCUUGUCCCUUCCUUUUCAGCAUACAGAAUCUAAUAGCCUGAUCAAAAUCAAGGUAAAUGCUGAAAGAAAUUGGACAUUGAGUUCAACAGGGAGAACAUAUGAGUUAUUUAUGUCUCAUAUGCUCCAGAACAUAAUGUUCUUCAUCCCCUUUACAGUGUCUCUGGCUUCCUUUGUCCUUUUGAUCUAUUCCUUAUGGAGUCACACUAGGCAGAUGAAGGGCACAGGUGGGGAUCCUAUCACAAAGGUUCAUGUGAGAGCCAUGAAGUCUAUGAUUUUAUUCCUACUCUUCUUCUUUAUGUACUAUUUGAGCACUAUUAUGAUGAAUUUGACCUAUGUCGUCCUAGACAGUUUGGUGGCAAAAAUUUUGGCUAAUACAUUUGUAUUUUUAUAUCCAUCUGCCCAUACAUUUCUUCUGAUUUUCUGGAACAGCAAAUUGAAACAGGCUUCUCUCUGUGUCCUGAAGAAGCUGAAGUGCGUGAAUUUAAGGAAACCCACACACCCAUAA